GAUGAUUUAAACAGGAGUUGGGAUUUAAAAAAGGGCCACAGACGAGUUUCAAGGCUUUUAUAUCAACAGUACUACCACUACUAAUAUUACUGUAGUCGGAUUUUCAGCGGAAUGGAUGGAUUUACUGAAGUCUACUUUAUGAUUGAUAAGAGAAGAAAAGGAUGGAUUACUAUGCCAGAACUGCGUAAAUAUACCGAAGAGAAUGAUGUCGAGGAGACAAUGCUUGAUCGUUGGCAAACUCUUUUUGAUCCUGAAUCCACUGGUCGUAUCACUUUGGAGAAAUUCUGUGAUGUCUUAGGCUUACAAAAAGAAGUUAUAGAUAACCGAUAUGCUAUUAAAGGACAUGAGCUGGAUGAUGUGAUCACUAUUAAAUCGGAUAUGCCAACUAAAAUGAAAUUGACAGUAUGUGGUCUUGUUGAUGAAGCUGUCUUGGUUUAUCACGAUGAUGCGAAAUUAGCGGAAUAUUUGAAAAAGCAAUUGGACAAAUACUACGGCAAGCUAUGGAAUGUGAUCAUUGUCUAUGGUCGAUAUUUUUCGCAUUAUUGUCAUGAAACUGGUUACAACUUCUGUUUCAUUAAAGAUGAUCGAAUAUUUUUGGUGUAUAGAAUACCAGAUAUUGUUUAA